AUGUGUGAUGAAAUCAAUGAAAAUGUAUGUAUCUUAGUAUUUUGUGAAUUUUUGUAUUUGUUUUUGCUAUUUGAACAUUAUUAAAAUUUAUCAUUUUUUCUACUAAAGAAUCUAAAAUCUUUUGAAAUCAAUGUUCCAGAAUACUUUCUCUUCAUUAGGUAAUACUUGAAUUUGAUUAGAUUUGAAUAAUAAUGGUUCAUGAAUGUCUUUCAUCCUUAUUUUUAAUUUCUGACGCUUCAACAGUGGUCAUAACAAUAAGUCAUGAGCGAUGUCUAGUCUACAAUAAAGGUGGAGGAUGGCUUAGAUGAAUAACGAAUUGAAUCAAAAUCAACCAUAUAGUCCGUGGAAUAGAACUCAAACUAAAAGAAACAAAUAAAAAAAACUAGAAAGAAAAAUUCAAAAAAAAUGUAUAAUAAUGGUCACUGGACAAAAAAGGAACAUCGUUUAUACUUGUAAUUUAUAGAAACAAAUAAAGAAAUUAUGAUGAAAUCAGACAUGAAAAAGCAGGAGAAGAUCUUUAAAUAAAUGUCUAUUGUGAUUAAAUCACGAUCUCCUUCACAAUGUAGAUCUCAUCAUCAAAAAUUCAAUCCUUUUUGA